UUUUGGAAUUGGGCGAAAACUUGUUACUGAGGUAAAGUGCGGCCGCCAUUAUACCGAGCCGGACCGUUAUUAACAGGCCCGCCAUUAACCGGUUAUUAUACACCGAGCAGGGCCGCCAUUAUCUAGCUAUUCUAUACCGAUCCGUCCGUUAUUAACCGGACCCGCCAGUAACCGGCCUAUAUACCGAUCUAUUAAACGCACCGACUCCCGCCGCCAUGUCCGACCUGCUGCCCGGCUACUCGCCCACCUUUAAGAAGCCCUCGGAGAUCCUGCGGCUGAGCCGGAAGCGGAGCCGGAGCGAGGCCGGUAGCGGGAGCAGAGCUCCUUUCUCUCCGGGAGAAGCCGCCAGGCGGGUGCCCGGGCUCCGGCCCUUCACCCCGGGCCCCCAGCGCAGCGGCGGCGGAGCGAAGCGGAGGAACCCGUUCGCCAGCCUGGAGAAUACCGUGUGCAGCCCGGUGAAGAGGCGGGCGGAGAGCCUGGACGGGACCGGCCCGGAGAGAGAACCGACACCGGCCAAGGGGCCCCCCGGAGCCGCCAUCACCCCGAGACUGCCCGAGAGCUGGGAGAACCUGGCCGCCAAUACAGCGCAGUUUAAUACAGUUGACGAUAUCCUUUUUGAAGAUAGUCUUGGAGUUGAGACUGCUGCAACUACAAAUGCACAGUCACCAGAGAAACCAGUGACCAUAUAUGAACAACCUAAGGGAUCUGUUACAUUUCCUGCCGAUUGGAGUUUAAAGACCCGGUUACUUUUUACCUCUUCCCAAAGGUUUUCUUGGACUGAUCAUUUAAAGGCCCAGGAAGAAGCACAGGGGUUUGUCUUGCAUUGUCAUGCCACUCCAAUCAGGUUGCCACAAAUUAUUCAGGAACCAAAGUUAUCCACUGAGCUGCGCUGUGCAUUUCAACAAAGCCUUGUCUAUUGGCAGCAUCCUUCUUUUCCCUGGCUUCAGCUUUUUCCUCGCAUUGGAGCAGAUCGGAAAAUAGCUGGAAAAAACAUCCCUUGGUCUCAAGAUGAUGAGUUGCAACAAGUUUUAAUGAGUGAAUGGGCUCUCAGCUUUACAUCCCUAUAUAAUUUGCUAAAAGCAAAGUUAUGUCCAUACUUCUAUUUAUGUACCUAUCAGUUCACAGUGUUAUUUCGGGCAGCCGGCCUUGCAGGUAGCGAUGUUAUAACUGCCAUCAUGUCUCCAUCUACACGAGGAUUGCGAGAAGCAAUGAAAAAUGAAGGAAUUGAGUUCUCUUUGCCAUUAGUUGAAGAUGAAUCUAACCGGAAGCAAAAUAACUCUGAACCGAGCUCACAACAAGACGACCAGGAACCAGAGUCCUUAAAGACUGGUGAUGAGUCUUGUGACAGCGAUGAAGAUGAAAGUUUUUCUUGGUUGGAAGAGAUGGGCGUUGAAGAUCAGAUAAAAAAGCCAGAUGCCAUCUCAAUUAAACUUCGCAAAGAGAAGAAUGAAGUAAAACUGGAUCAUAAGCCAGAAUCUCUUGUCUUGGUAAAAGGGUCAAACACCUUUACUCUAUUAAACUUUUUAAUAAACUGCAAGAGCUUAGUGGCUGCAGCAGGUCCUCAGGCUGGCCUACCUCCGACCCUGCUUUCACCAAUAGCAUUCCGAGGAGCUACUAUGCAGACACUAAAGACCAGGAGCAUAAAUGUGAAAACCCAGGUGCUUUCUGGCUACAAGGAUCAAUUUAGUUUGGAAAUAAGUGGCCCUAUCAUGCCUCAUUCUCUGCAUUCAUUAACAGUGUUGCUGAAAUCGUCACAAAAGGGCUCGUUUUCUUCCAGCUUGUAUACCCAUGAGCCAACUGCAGUGUUCAAUACAGCCAUCCAUCCUGAGCUUGUAAAGGAGAACAUUUCUUCUGACCUUAUAAACUGUGGCCUGCAACCAUCCACACUGGAACAGCUGUCUCAGCUCUGCCAACUGGGGAAGUCGUCCUUACGCCACCUAGAAAUGUCAGACUAUAUGUACACCUGGAAAUGCUAGUCACAGGACAAAUCCUGCAAAUUGAGGCCAACUUAGCCUCUCCAUAAAGCACUCUUUGCAGUGUAAGUCUCAAAACAGACUGCUACUCUCUGCCAAAAUACACACACAAUGGUGUGGUUCAUUUAGUAAAUUAAUGCUGUGAAAGUAAUAGGAAACACUGAUGAAUGACUUUUACAUCUUCUAAACAUAUGCAUUUCUUGCUGAUUAGAUUGCACUAUGAGGAACCAGGAGCAAUUGUUCACUAGGAAAGACAACCAGUGUCCAAACAACGGCUCAUCUACUAAAAACACAAAUUACAUAUUCUUUACAGAGCCAUUACCUCUGCAAAAUAUAAACUACAAUAUUUCUCGUGCGCACGUUAAAAAAAAAAAAAAAUUCUUACACUGCCCCAGAGUCGCUUAAAAAGUCUGUAGUAUUGUUAUAUUUUGAUGAAUUGCAUUUCGGGAAGAAUCAUGGUUCGUUGGAGAAUUGGUAUACAUUUUGCCUUCACUGCCUUUAUGAUAAAAGUAUUAAAUUAAUUCCCUUUUAAACCAAAUAAGUUAAAAUAGAGUAUCUAGUUGGCUGUUGGCAAUUAACCUAGACCAAACAAAGCCAUGCAUCCUUAAGGUUGUGCGAUAUUGUUAUGAAUGAAACUGAUCAACUUUUUUUUCCCUUCUGCAAUAACCCCAGUACUAGUAAAAAUGCACUACUACUAUUCUAGGCUCUGAGCAAAUCACUAUCCUUUAUAUGCUAGGAGUCACUGCCUCCUGGGUUCUCUACAAAGUGUUCAUUUAUAUGCUGCAAAUUUUGUAAAACUAGCCAUGUAAAGUAUUUUGUGUCUUGGUUUUAUUU